GCCGGACACCGUCCCUCGUUCCUUCGGCGAAAAUGACAGCGAAGAGCGCCGCUGUGCGGGAUCCUGCGCCAGGAUCCUCCUCUGAAAACUGUUACCAGAGGGAACUUGUACAAAUACAAAUUUGCCCAUCAUAUCAGCAGAAUCUGUGGAGAUUGAUGAUGCAUUAUACAGUCGACAGAGGUACGUUCUUGGAGACACAGCAAUGCAGAAGAUGGCCAAGUCCCAUGUUUUCUUAAGUGGUAUGGGUGGUCUUGGUUUGGAAAUUGCAAAGAAUCUUGUUCUUGCCGGAAUUAAGGCACUUACCAUUCAUGAUACAGAAAAAUGCCAAAUGUGGGAUCUAGGAACGAACUUCUUUCUCUGUGAAGAUGAUGUUGUUAAUAUGAGAAACAGGGCUGAAGCUGUACUUCACCAUAUUGCAGAACUAAAUCCAUACGUUCAUGUCACAUCAUCUUCUGUUCCUUUAGAUGAAACCACAGAUCUCUCCUUCUUAGAUAAAUACCAGUGUGUUGUAUUAACUGAGAUCAAGCUUCCAUUGCAGAAGAAGAUCAAUAACUUUUGCCAUUCUCAUUGCCCUCCAAUUAAGUUCAUCAGUGCAGAUAUGCAUGGAAUUUGGUCACGGUUGUUUUGUGAUUUCGGUGAUGAAUUUGAAGUUUCAGAUACUACCGGAGAAGAGCCAAAAGAAAUUUUCAUUUCAAAUAUAACACAAGCUAAUCCUGGCAUUGUCACCUGCCUUGAAAAUCAUCCUCACAAACUUGAGACCGGGCAGUUUGUAACAUUUCGAGAAGUUAAUGGAAUGACGGGUUUAAAUGGAUCUACACAACAAAUAACUGUGGUAUCACCAUUUUCUUUCAGCAUUGGUGAUACUACAGAACUGGAACCUUAUUUACAUGGAGGCAUAGCUGUCCAAAUUAAGACUCCUAAAACAUUUUGCUUUGAGCCAUUGGAGACUCAGAUAAAACAUCCAAAGUGCCUUAUUGCGGAUUUUAGCAACCCUGAGGCACCUUUAGAGAUACACACAGCGAUGCUUGCCUUGGACCAGUUUCAGGAGAAAUAUAAUCGCAAGCCAAAUAUUGGAUGCCAAAAAGAUUCUGAAGAGCUUUUGAAACUAGCAACAUCUAUAAGUGAGACCUUGGAAGAGAAGCCAGAAGUAAAUGCUGACAUUGUGCAUUGGCUGUCUUGGACUGCUCAAGGUUUUUUACCCCCACUUGCUGCAGCAGUAGGAGGUGUUGCCAGCCAAGAAGUAUUGAAAGCCGUGACAGGGAAGUUUUCUCCGUUGUGCCAGUGGUUAUACAUUGAAGCAGCAGAUAUUGUCGAAACCCUAGGUAAACCUGAACGUGAACAGUUUCUCCCACGAGGAGAUAGAUAUGAUGCCUUACGAGCUUGCAUUGGAGACACUUUGUGUCAGAAGCUACAAAAAUUGAAUAUCUUUUUAGUGGGAUGUGGAGCCAUAGGCUGUGAAAUGUUAAAAAACUUUGCUUUACUUGGUGUUGGUACAGGCAAAGAAAAAGGAAUGGUUACAGUUACAGAUCCUGACCUGAUAGAAAAAUCCAACUUGAAUAGACAGUUCCUAUUUCGUCCUCACCACAUACAGAAACCUAAAAGCUAUACUGCUGCUGAUGCAACCCUGAAAAUAAAUCCUCAAUUAAAGAUAGAUGCACACUUGAACAAAGUAUGUCCAGCCACUGAGGCUAUUUACAAUGAUGAGUUCUAUACUAAACAAGAUAUAAUUAUUACAGCACUAGAUAAUGUGGAAGCCAGGAGAUACGUAGACAGCCGUUGCUUAGCAAAUCUACGACCCCUCUUGGAUUCUGGAACAAUGGGCACUAAGGGACACACUGAAGUUAUUGUACCUCAUUUAACUGAAUCCUAUAAUAGUCAUCGGGAUCCCCCAGAAGAGGAAAUACCAUUUUGUACUCUAAAAUCCUUUCCAGCUGCUAUUGAACAUACUAUACAGUGGGCAAGAGAUAAGUUUGAAAGUUCCUUUUCCCACAAGCCUUCAUUGUUUAACAAAUUUUGGCAAACUUAUCCAUCUGCAGAAGAAGUCUUACAGAAGUUACAAACUGGACACAGUUUAGAAGGCUGUUUCCAAGUUAUUAAGUUACUUAGCAGAAGACCUAGAAAUUGGUCCCAGUGUGUAGAAUUAGCAAGAUUAAAGUUUGAAAAAUAUUUUAACCAUAAGGCUCUUCAGCUUCUUCACUGUUUUCCUCUAGACACACGAUUAAAAGAUGGCAGUUUGUUUUGGCAAUCACCAAAGAGGCCCCCUUCUCCAAUAAAAUUUGAUUUAAAUGAGCCUUUGCACUUCAGUUUUCUUCUGAAUGCUGCAAAACUAUAUGCUGCAGUCUAUUGCAUUCCACUUACAGAAGAGGACUUAUCAGCAGAUGCCCUCUUGAAUAUUCUUUCUGAAGUAAAGAUUCAAGAAUUCAGACCUUCUAACAAGGUUGUUCAGACAGAUGAAACUGCAAGGAAACCAGAGCAUGUUCCUAUUAGCAGUGAAGAUGAGAGGAAUGCUGUUUUCCAACUAGAAAAGGCUAUUUCAUCUAAUAAAGCUACCUCAAGUGAUCUUCAGAUGGCAGUGCUUUCAUUUGAAAAAGAUGAUGAUCAUAAUGGACACAUAGAUUUCAUUACAGCUGCAUCAAACCUUCGUGCCAAAAUGUAUAGCAUUGAACCAGCUGACCGUUUCAAAACGAAACGCAUAGCUGGUAAAAUUAUACCUGCUAUUGCAACAUCUACUGCUGCAGUUUCUGGCUUGGUUGCUUUGGAGAUGAUCAAAGUAGCUGGUGACUAUCCAUUUGAAGCUUACAAAAAUUGUUUCCUUAACUUAGCCAUUCCAAUUAUAGUGUUUACAGAGACAUCUGAAGUAAAAAGAACUGAAAUCAGAAAUGGAAUAUCAUUUACAAUUUGGGACAGAUGGACUAUACAUGGUAAAGAAGACUUCACCCUCUUGGAUUUCAUUAAUGCAGUCAAAGAGAAGUAUGGAAUUGAACCAACGAUGGUGGUACAGGGAGUCAAAAUGCUUUAUGUUCCCAUAAUGCCGGGUCAUGCAAAAAGAUUGAAGUUAACAAUGCAUAAACUUGUGAAACCUUCUACUGAAAAGAAAUAUGUGGAUCUUACUGUAUCAUUUGCUCCAGACACUGAUGGAGAUGAAGAUUUGCCUGGACCUCCAGUAAGAUACUAUUUUAGUCAUGACGCUGAUUAACAGAAGUUGUCGUAAAUUUACUCCGGGACUACUUGAUUUUGGAAAGAUUGCAUUUAAUUCAGGAAUCAAUUCAUAAUACUAUGGAUUUCUCUCUGAUGAAGCUUUAAUUUAAGGGAAACAUCAGUAGAAAACUACAGUGAAGCAUUUUAAAGCAUUUUGGAAUAUAAUCUGUACUUGCUAGUGCUUCAUAUGUGGAUAUGAUCACAAGCAAUUUUGAACUGGACUGACGUUUUAUAAUGCUUAGAAAAAAUGUGUGUAUUAACAUCUCUGAAUAAAAAAAAGGAAAAAAGUAUGUAUCCAUCACCAGAAGAGAUAAAAGAUCAAGAAAUUGAAAGUAACAAAUGCAACUAUCCAAAAAGUUUAAUCUUUUGUGAAUUUUGUUGUUCACUAUUUGAGACCCAAUUUUUCUACACAAGUAGUGUUUGGCACCCCGCACCUCUUAAAAUUAGGCUUUUGAGUUUAACACCAUUGAGAAGAGAAGAGAUGGUAGCAGUAAAUGAAGAGCAGCCAUUUUAAAUUGUACAUACAGUUAUAGUUUACUGUCCUGCUAAUUUAACUGGCGUUUGUUAAUAUCACUAUCUCCCAAAAAUCAGGAUCUCUGUUGAUAGCAUCAGUGUUGUAACCCAUGAGCAGUAGGUCAGAUGACACAUGUUAACUUGUAUUAAAUGUUAACAGUAUUAUAUGAACUCUGACAACCUUCUUAGAGGAUCCAUGAAUGUGAACAGCUAAAUGUGGCUAAUCAUUUGAUUCUUCAGUAUGCCUUCUAAUGUGGCUGUUUUAUUUAUUCGGAACUCUAAACCUGAUUGUCAUAGUAUAUAAGACUAAAAGGUUUUGUAAAGGGAGUGUCCUUAGAAGUAGAUGAGAACUAGAAAUUAAAAGAAAUCAUUACUAGUUGAGUCUUGAUUUUUUUUCUUCCAGCAACCUAAUGGAUAGAAAAAUAAAA